CGCAGAGGGGGGGGGGGGGGGGGCCUGGGCGGCGGCCCCGGCGUUGCCUGGGCGCCCGGGGCGCGCGUCCCUAGCAACCGCCCGCCCACGUCAGGGUUUGUCCAAUAAUCGCCCGGGUAUUUAGGGCCGCGGCUCGCUGCGGGCGGCGGGGGAGCCAGGACACCGCGCCGGGCAGCGGGUGAGGCGCGCGGAGGCUGCGGCCCAGGGCACCUCCCCCCGGCUUCCCAAACCCGGCCCGGUCACACCCGAGCGGGGGGAGAUGGAAACAACAUCGGCCCAACUCUGAGCCCCUCAGGAACACCACCAACACCUUCCCGCCUCGUCCCCCGAUCCGUUCCCUCCAAGUCUCCAUCUCCCGGAGCCGGGCCGGGCGGAAAAACAAAAACAAAAACCAGCGAUGGCGGAAAACCUGAGGAAACUGGUCUCCAACGACUUUUUACGCACCAUGUACGAGAACCUGGAGCGCUGGCAGAGGGAUUACAACACAAACUCAUGUGAUCAGAAUCUAAGUUAUUGCCUGGAAUUCAUCGAACAAGUUGCCAAGAUGCAGGGACAACUCUUUGGAAUCCUCACUACAACAGCUCAAGAAGGAGGACGUUAUGAUGGUGUGGAAGUAAUCAAAUCUCGCCUUUUGCCUUGGCUGGAGGCCUCCUUUACCGCUGCUUCCCUGGGAAAGCCUAUUGAUAGCAAGGUCCCCUCUCUACAGGACACAUUUGAGAAGGAGAGACUGAAAGAGGUUGGUAGUCGGGAACGGGAGAUGAAACAAUUACAAGUGGAGCUGAGCUCAACUCAUAAUCAAAUCAACCAGAUUCAAGACGAUCUGGCUGACACUCCAAAGAUUACUGAAGCAACCAAGAACAGAUCGGCCAUAUCCCUUUUGGCUGCAGAGGAGGAAAUAAAUCAGCUAAAAAAGCAGCUUAAAUCACUUCAAGCCCUGGAAGAGUCCCGCCACUCAUUGCAUAGAGCCUCUGGGCGGCGUAAGAGCACAGAUCGAGGUGCAGAGCGAGGUGCAGAGCGAGGUGCAGAGCUGAGGACCUCGGACCUGAGGCGAUCGGAGCAUCGCAGCAUCGACAAGCGCAGCGGCUUGGACAAACACGUCUCUGGCUUGGACAAGCGUGAGCGGUGUGACCCCGAAGUGAUAUCCGAUUAUGAGAAGCAGGUCCGCUCGCUGAAGGACGAGAUCGCAGCUCUGACGGCCGAAAACUCUGCCCUCCAAGGAAGGUCCACCCGGAGCCAGACUCCCAGCCCGGACCCCCGCAGCCGCAGCCCGCCUGCCCGCAGCCGCAGCCGCAGCCGUAGCCGCAGCCGCAGCCGCAGCCGCAGCCUCAGCCACGGCCACAGCCGUCCAGGCAGCCGCAGCGGCAGCCGCAGCCGCAGCCGCAGCCGCAGCCGCAGCCGGUCGGGCAGCCCCACCAACGCGAUGGUGAAGAUCCGGACGCCCUCCCCGAACCGCUCCAAGCUAUCCAGCGGGGCGCGCAAGGCGGCGCUCAUGUCCCGGUUCAGCGACGCCUACUCGCAGGCGCGCCUGGACGCGCAGUGCCUGCUGCGCCAGUGCAUCGACAGCGCCGAGAGCGUGCAGCGCAUCAUCUACAUCGCCACCGUGGAGGCAUUCCAUGUAGCUAAAAUGGCAUUCAGACACUUCAAGAUCCGUGUAAGGAAAUCUUUGACACCGUCGUAUAUAGGGGCGAAUGACUUUGAGGAUGCCGUCAUGGAUUAUAUAAUCUGUCACCUUGAUCUAUACGAUUCCCAAAGCAGUGUCAACGAUGUGAUUCGAGCCAUGAAUGUCAAUCCCAAGAUUUCAUUCCCUCCAGAAGUUGACUUCUGCCUCCUCAGUAACUUCAUCCAGGAGAUAUGUUGCAUUGCCUUUGCGAUGCAGACGUUAGAGCCACCCCUGGAUAUUGCAUUUGGGGCCGAUGGGGAAAUGUUUAAUGACUUCAAGUACCGUCGCAGCUAUGACUCGGAUUUCACGGCACCCUUGAUCUUCUAUCACGUGUGGCCUGCCCUCAUGGAGAAUGACAUCGUCAUUAUGAAGGGGGAAGCUGUCACCAAGAGAGGGGCUUUUUGGAACUCUGUGCGACCCGUAACCCGAAGUCGAAGCAGGAGUUUAAGUCCCAUCUGCCCCCGUAGCCAUAUUGGGAUAAGCAUGCUAUCUCGAAGCCGGAGUCCUUCUCCAAUAAGAUGUGCAUUGCCAAGGUAUUAAACCACCAGACGUGUUCCUCUGCCACAACACACCACCACCUGCACCAGCACAUCUGCACCAGCCAGCCUCCGCACCAGCACAUCUGCAAUCAGCCAGCCUCCGCACCAGCACAUCUGCAACCAGCCAGCCUCCGCACCAGCACACCUGCAACCAGCCAGCCUCCGCACCAGCACAUCUGCACCGGCGCCCGCGCCAGCCCGCUGUGCCUGCCGCAUCCCUCACUUAGAUAAUGUGAAAGGGCAACUCUGUGUAUCACUGUACACAGAGAGUUAAAUGUUUUGGCUUGACACAUUUGUAACUUCAGAUAUAUUGCAUUUUAUUUUACUUGAUAGGCACCAGCCCCAUGACUUUGAUAAAAACGAUUGCAUGGGUGUUUAGGAUCACAUUCAUUCGAAGCAGUCCACUGCCCAGGUUCAGGAUUCUCAUGGCAGCUGGGUGAGCACACACGGAAAACCUUGACCAUGCUGAGUCCGAAAGACGGAGCAGAAGUCCUAGUUUGCAAUUUGAUCAUAAGCACUGUCACGGAUAACGUUAGCUUUAGCUCGAAAACAAAAAUUGGGUGUUUUACUUUACUUCUGAGGUUUGGAAGACAGCCCUCAUCUCAGAUUGGGGAACCUGUGGCCAGAAUGGUGACUUUAGGCUAAAUACAGAUGAUGGUGAGUGACCAGGCUGUAGGUCACUCAUUGGCUUGGUUCUGUUUUCUUACUGUGGGUGCCCAGUUUGGCUGAGCUGAGUACUGUAGGUUGAAGCUACUGAGUUGAGAGAAUUUUCUUGCUUCAUAAGUGCAGAGCAGUGAUUUGGACAGAAGGCAGCAUUGAGAUAAAAGUUUAUUCCAUUAUGCUUAUCUCCUGGGAAUGUUUCAUGCAGCUUUAAUAUAGGUGUUAAAUAUAAAAGCUACCUGGGCCAUGUCUUUUCCCUAUUCCACCUACUUGGCUACAAAUUCAGGCCUCCCAAAUACCUAAACUCAAGGCCUAAAACUUAGGAACACCAUUUACUGGUUUUAAACUAAACGUAUAUUCCUCAAUUUCUUCACUGUGAAGUACUGUUGCAAGUUCAAGAUAAAAAUGGAAUGUGGCUUUUCAAGAUAAGUAAUAGUCGUUUUAGGCUUUUUGUUUAUUUUAUUUUUUACUUUGACACCGGCCUUGAACACAAACCUGACAAAUGGUUGCUUUCGCCAAGAGUCUUUUAGACAGAAACUCUGAAUUGGCCACAGCUCAGCUUGCAUCAGCUCAGGGCCAAAUCCGGCACCUGGUUCAGGUGAGACUGCUCAGUGCUGCCCCUGGGUCUACUGCCACCAACCCGCCCUGCAGGGUGAGCUGAUUGCCCCACGCUGAGUAUUGGUGUGGUUAGCGCCUCGGAGCCAUGCCGGGUGCUAGAAGGAGAACUCGGUGCUGGGCGACUUUAGUUCCGCUUGGUCAUUAGCUGGCUUUGUGGCCUUGAGCAAGUUACUUCACCUCUCUGAGCCUUUGCUCCCUGUAGAGGGAGAAGGCUGGAUGAGAUUAGUGGUUUCCUCCACCCUCCCAGAGACAGUGUACCUCCACUUUUAAACAAAUUCCCCCCCCGCAAUUCUGAAAUGAAAUUCAAAGUUAUUCAAUAAUAGGAUCAACAUGAUAUUAGAUAUAUAUAUAUAUUUUUUAAACAAUGAAUAGAAUACCCUAACUGUAAUAGGACUUAGUUAAAAGGAAAGACACUCUUUAAAAUAAUAAAAUGUAUUUAAUAGCAAAGCUUGGGUGUGUCCAUCUGGAAGAUAGACUGAAGUCAUCAGAUGCUCUCACCCUGUGUGGAAUCGCAAGCUCCCAGGGCAGAUCAGUGUGUGUUGUUCUGGCAACAUUCCACGCAGUGAUGUCACUGGAUGUGAUUCUCUAAAUGGUGGACGGCUCUGGGAAAGUGUUGAACACAAAAUCUCACAGUUGUGCCUCGAUUUACACAGUACAUGCAUCCCUGGAAUAGUCGCUGGAUAGUAAAACCAUGCCAACAGUUACCUUUAGCUACACGUCGAAAGGUCGUUUCUAACAUCUCACUAAGUAAGAGAAUGCUUACAUCUCACUAAGUAAAGAGGAUGCUUACAUACCAGGAUUUUCUUUUUGGAGUUGAAUGUGGAAGUUCAUGCCCUGAUCUGGAGAAAGGCCACCUGUAUUCAGUGUGUUUGCUCCAUCCCCUGUCUGGCCACGUACCAUUUCUCAAGUCUCUGAUUUGAAUAAAACCACAACAGGAAAUGGUGGGUGGUCUAGGAUAAUUUUUGGAAAAAAUCCACAAAACCAAAGGAGGCGGACCUAUGCUCCUUUCACCUGGGUAUGCUCCUUAACCUUGGUGACUUUGAAAAAUGAAAAGCUGUUACUUCAUAAUCUGGAUAAAUAUUAGCUUCUGUAUCAUUGGUUUAAUAGUGAAUAAUAAAACUAAGGAAAAAAAAAGUG